AUGUGGUCUGACAUGCAGAGAGUGCAAGUGAAGUUCGUUGAGUUUUUAGGAGUAAUAAGCUAUUGUGUAUCUAUUUACUCAUUUAUCUUUUAUUUAUAUAUUUCUCAGGUAUUAAUUGCAGUUAUUCUAUUGGCUGUUGCUUACGCUCAACAUGACACUGGCUAUUCCGUUCCUUCUGAACCAAAGAAACCUGCGAAGUACGACUUCAACUACCAAGUGCAAGACGACCCGACCAAGAACGACUUCGGUCACCAGGAGGCCCGCGACGGCCCCGACACGCAGGGGUCGUACCAGGUGCAGCUUCCCGACGGCCGCCUGCAGAAGGUAUCCUACACUGUGAGCGUGGACUCCGGAUACGUGGCGGAUGUGAUGUACGAGGGAGAGGCUCAGUAUCCGGCCGAAGGCACCCCUGGGUAUGCCUGAGUGCCCCGAUUCCUUCCCUUAUUUAUUUUGAAAACAGUAUGUCAAGGCAAUUAUAAUUAAAGUUCAAUGUACA